AUGGAAGAAAAGAAACUUUUUGAGUUACGGUUAGAAUUGAAAGAUGUGACUGGAGCACCAAAUGGCAAAACAGUGUUAAAAAUUGAACUAGGAGAUGUCAAAGAACAAAUUGAAGGAAAAGGUUUGAUAACGGCCAAGCUUGAUGACAUUGCGAUUGAGACCAAACUUUCAUUGUCUCUACACCAAGGCGACAAAUUGAUAGGAAGCUCCAAUGUAUCUCUAGGAACUCUGUUUGGAAAAGGACUGCUUGGAACAGUUGAAAAAUGGUUCAGGCUUAAAAAAGACACAGAAACCACGAAUUUAAAACUAAAAAUCGGAGCAACGCUUGGCCGCAAUGACAAAAAGAUCCCAAAAAUAAUCACCCCAGCCAGCUCCCACUCCAGGAGAUCUAGCAAAGCUUAUAAAGAAGCCAAAUGUCCUUACCUCGACAAGCUCUCCCACAGCAAAGAUGCACCUCGAGAUACGUUAGAUGAGAUCUGAAAAAUCAGAAAAAUUGCUGGAGAAACAGACCAGUCUAACUUAAUAAGAAUUUCCUUAGAACCAGACUCCCCUGCCAAAAUUGAAGCAGGAGAAGCUGAGUUCACAAACCCUAGGCUUGACGAAAUCACUAUAGAAAGGCUUCAAACUUACAGUGGCUCCCAGCUCAAACAAAUUGUAAAAUCUCUCUGUGAAGAAGCCAGACACCUCAGUAUAAUAGCAUCCCAGCUUCCUGCAAUGCGCGAGAACUUGACCCAAAAUAUCGAAAAACGAAGAAAUCUAGAAAUUAGCUCACAAAAUGAGACAGAAGGCAAAAAAGAGCAAUGGACUUCUAAAGAAUUAGAGCUUCAUGAGCUACAAAAGAAAAAAAAGGAACUUUUCACUAUUUUAAUAGAAAAACAAGAAAACGCAAGAAAGCUAGAAAACGAGCUGGACGGGCUAAAAGCCCAAAGCGGCGAUUUAAAGCGAGAAAAUUUAUGUCAAUUUAUAACAAUUCUUCCCAUUUUCAUACAAAAAAUGCUAAUAUUUAUAUUAAUUUAAAUAGGUAUAAGACUAGAAGCUGAAAAAAUGUACAGAGAAGACGUCAGACAAGAAUUAGAAGAAUUUGAAGCUUUAGCUAACCAGACUGCAGAAAGAAAAGCUGAACUUAAAGCAAAAGUAGACCAAGCCCAUCAAGAAUUGAACGAAGCCCACCAGAGGAAUCUCAGCCAAAUCGAGCAUCUCAAAGAAGAAAAAAGCCUCAUCAAGGCUAAACUUGGUGAAGUUUCAGGCAAUUUUGACCAAAUUUCUAAAAAAAAUAAUGAGCUAAAAACCCAACUAAAUUCGCUUAAGGCGAAGCUAGAAAACCAUGACGAGCUAGAGCAGACCAAUAAAAAUGCACUCACAAGCUUCCAUUUAGAGUCCCAAAAACGAAACGAAAUCCAAGAGAAGCUUAACUUACUAGUAGAGCAGCUCCGACACCAGUCAGAAGAGCUUAAAACGCGACAAGAAAGCUUGCUUUCUGUAAAACAAGAGCUUUCUCAGUCUCUUUCUACUAUAGAAUCCACCAUUGAAGCCAAAGAACAAGAAAUCAUUGAGCUUAGACGGCAGCUUUUCCAGUCUUCCUGCAAGAAAAUCACCCUUGAACAAGUUUGUUGUGUACGAGCUGACCUUUCUCAGAUGAUUGAAGACUUGUCAAGGCUGCAUUCUUUGCAUUUAGAGUCCCGAGAUGCCGUUUUACGUGAUUUAGAAGCUGGGGCUGGGUAUUUAGUUAAAGAAGGCGAAAAAAUCCAUGAACAAGCGGAAAAAUUAGAUCAGCUUAUUGAUGCAGUGGAUACGAAAGAUAGCGAAUUAGAUGGGCUGAAAGGGCAGAUGGGAGAAAUUAAGAAGAGAAACCCACCUUAUGUUCCUGGAAAAGAUGAUAAUAUUGAUAUAGCGCUGGCAGACUUUUUAAAUUCUAGGCAAGUGCCAGUACCAGUGCAGUUUUUAAUAAAUUAAAAAUAGUGCCAGGUGUAACCUGCACUCUUCAAGCUGAGAAAACAAGUGCAGCCUCAGCAAAUAUAUCUGGGUAGGCUUUGGCUGCUUUUUUGUGGUUGAUAAUGGAGGCACCCAUUAGUAUCCUUUGGGCCGGACCAUAGGGCAUCAUAUUGAGAAAAGGGGAUUCAGCUCUGGCAUAGGCGAACAGUCUUUUUCCUGCAGCUGCCGAAGGAAGGUGCUUUGGGACCCAAUAGACUCCAAGUAGCUAAUCCCUAAACCAAACAAAUCCCAAUCGUGAGCCAUAUAGGCACAGAAUCCAUAAGUCACCCACUCAAUACUUAAGCCUCAAGCCAAGGGGAGACAACUGUAAAAUUAAAGCUAGACCUACUGGGCAUUUUGCCACAAAAUGGAUGAGCAUCCCAAAUAGAGGUCUCUAGCGACUGCUUCACCGCUAUAGCUAGCGCCUUUCUUUAAUUAACUAACUUAACCAGUGCAGUUUGUGAGGCAGGAGCCUGGUAGCUAUUUGUUUGGGACUAGAAAAAUCAAUAUGAAAAUUGAAAAUAAUAGGCUAAUUGUCAGAAUUGGAGGAGGAUUUACUGGAAUUGAGGAAUUUGUGGACAUUUAUACCCCGAUUGAGAUAGAAAGACAGGAUAUAGCUGCACAGAAAAGCGGGAUAAUGUCAAUUGGAAAAAUAGCUGGCCUAAAAUCUCAAGAGUCUGCGUCUCCGAAGCAGGCAAGAGCAAUGAUGGGAGUUUUUGAAAAUUUAGCAAGGUCCCCUACAAGGAAAAAAUAG